UUCCCCCGCCCCCUCUCACCCUUCCCUCACUCCCCUUUAACUAAGCGCUUGCCGGGCUGAGCUCUAUGGGAGCAAGUUGGCACACUCGGCACUGAGCCUCUCGCCCGCCCUUAAGGAGUUAACUGGAGCUGCGCAGGGAUCCGCAUCCCGGCGCCGGAAGUCUUGCGUUGCUCGGGGAAUCUGUACGGAACGAUCCGAUGGGCAGCCCGGCGGUGUGCGCUAUGAGCUGAGAGCGGGGCGCCCUUAUCCCGCCGGAGCUGCAAUUAUUCCUGCACUUUGUUUCCCCACCCCCACCCCUGCGCGGAAUAGUGCGGCCCGGAGACCCCCCACAGGAUAAUGCAUUGGGACUGGCGGCUGGGAUGGAGACCGGGGGGAUGGUGAGCAGGCGGCUCGCUUGGCUUCUGUCGGGCUGCGUUGUCUCCCUGCUGCUCGGGGCUACGGAGGCGCAGAAAGGCGAUGGUUGUGGCUACACGGUUAUGGGGCCAGAAAGUGGAACGUUGACAUCAAUGAACUAUCCGCAGACCUAUCCCAAUAACACUGUGUGUGAGUGGGACAUCCAUGUUAAACCUGGCAAGAGGAUCCUAAUCAAAUUCGGAGACUUUGAUAUAGAAAAUUCGGAUUCUUGUCAUUCAAGCUAUGUGAGGAUCUACGAUGGCGUUCGGGAAUCCCGCACUGAGAUUGCUAAAUAUUGCGGCUCGGCUGUGCAGUUAGAAAGCCUCAUCGAGUCCAGGACAAAUAAAGUCACUGUGCAGUUCAUGAGUGGGACACACAUCUCUGGGCGCGGUUUUCUGGCUUCAUAUUCUACUGCUAAUAAAACAGAUCUUAUAACAUGCUUGGAGAAAGCGAGCCAUUUCUCUGAACCUGAAUACAGCAAGUACUGCCCAGCUGGAUGUAUGACUCCUUUCGGGGAAAUUUCAGGCACCAUUCCUCUUGGCUAUAGAGACUCUUCCUCUCUGUGCAUGGCUGGGGUGCAUGCAGGAGUAGUGUCCAACAUCCUCGGUGGCCAGAUUAAUGUCGUUAUCAGCAAAGGCAUUCAUUUUUAUGAGGGCUCCUUGGCAAACAACAUCACAUCAAAAGUGGGCUCAUUGUCUUCAACGCUGUUUACCUUCAAGACCAGUGGGUGCUAUGGAACUCUGGGAAUGGAAUCUGGUGUUAUCCCAGAUGCCCAGAUAAAUUCCUCAUCUUUCCUGGAAUGGACCGACAACACGGGGCAGAAUAAUGCUUGGAAAGCUGAAAGGGCCCGACUGAAGAAGCAAGGGCCCCCCUGGGUGGCCUCCUUCAGUAAUGAGCUUCAGUGGCUUCAAAUUGACCUUAGCAAACUAAAAAAAAUAACAGGCAUCAUAACAACCGGCUCAACCAUGGACAAAUUCAACUACUAUGUUUCCUCUUACAAGAUUGCCUACAGUGAAGAUGGCAUUAAAUGGACUGUAUACAGGCCGUUUUCUGAGGAGCAAGACAAGGUAUUCCAAGGGAAUAUAGAUUAUAACCAAGAGGUUCGUAAUAACUUCAUACCGCCUAUCGUGGCCCGGUUUGUGAAGAUCCAUCCUUUGCAGUGGCAUCAAAAAAUUGCCAUGAAGGUUGAACUGCUUGGAUGUCAGAUUAUUACAGUUCCUCCAAAGUUGACAAUAACUGAAGGUCCAGUUUUGAAGCCACGAGCCAACAACAACAAUUCCGGAGUACGGCAUGACAAGACCACCUUCCCACCGGAGAUUAAGAAUACCACGGUUACUCCCACUAUAAGCAAAGAUCUACCCCUGGUGACCAUCUUGGUUCCUGUGUUAGUAAUGGCUCUCACCAGCAUCAUCCUGAUCUUGGUAUGCGCUUGGCAUUGCAGGAACAGGAAGAAGAAGGCAGAAGGAACAUACGACUUGCCUUACUGGGAUCGUGCAGGCUGGUGGAAGGGAAUGAAGCAGUUUCUUCCAGCGAAAUCGGCAGAGCACGAGGAAACCCCCGUACGGUACAGCAGCUGUGAAGUGGGCCGGGCAAGACCCAGGGAGGUGGCAACCAUGUUACAGACAGAAUCCGCGGAAUAUGCCCAGCCUUUAGUUGGGGGAGCAAUGGGCACCCUACAUCAGAGAUCAACCUUCAAACCAGAAGAAGGCAAAGAACCUGGUUACGCAGAUCUGGAUUCCUAUACCAACCCAGAUGAUGCCAUUUAUCAUGCCUAUGCAGAACCACUGCCUACAAAUGGACCAGAAUAUGCAACACCUAUCAUUAUGGAUAUGUCAGGCCAUCCAGUCGGACCUAUGGGUUUGCCUUCAACAUCCACAUUUAAAGUCACAGGGAGCCAAGCCCCUCCAUUAGUAGGGACUUACAAUAAGCUCUUAUCUAGGACGGACAGUUCAGCAUCCACACAGGUACUAUACGACACCCCUAAGGGGACACAGGGAGUGUGCGCCGCUGAGGAAAUGGUGUAUCAAGUGCCACAGUGUGUGCCACAGCAAACAGCGAGCAGGGACGUGCCUCCUUAGGCUGUAUGGCAAUUACAGACUGCAUUCCACAAAACGGCUUUAAUUUCCACGAGCACAUUGCAUUGCGUGUAGGUGUACAUUUAAAGGAGCAGCUUGUAAUCAUAUUGAUUUCUCCAUGAAACAAAUAUUCCAACCACUGUCCACAUCUUGUACGCAGAGUAUCUACUGUCUUUGGCUUUCCAUCCCAAUAAACAUUGGCUCAGCGCACCCAUUAAGGAUGCUGGGAGUUGCAGUGCUGCACUUGCCGGAGCAGUGCAGGUGGUUAUGCUGCGUUUUAUGACUUGCGCAAUAUGGAAGUGAAUGGUCUCCCGUUACCCCUGCAGUACAUCUGCUUGUCUAUUAUCCACUGGGAGCACAGCUCUCCGUCCCUCUGUCUUAGAGGUUAUCGAAGCCCAAUACUGUCCCAAGGACAAGCUGCCCAGCCUCUUGGAAUGCCUGGGGUCUUUGUAUUUAUAUUGUAGGGAAGUAAAUGUAAGUCAUGGAUAUAUAGAGUCUACGCCAUAGUUGUGUAGUAGCAGUUGGAAGCGUGUGUGGGAUGCUAGUAGGUAUGGUUACUGGAAGAGCCUUUUUAUCCAGCGCAUUUGUGUACAGUAGUCACAUAAGUGAGCAAUGUUUAUAAAGCUGUGUAAAGGUGAGGGUUGUCCUGCCCCUUGUCUUUAAGCACUAGAACUGCAAUUGGCCCUUGUAUUUUCAGCCUCUGCUUAUCAGACCCACCAGGGAUUGGGACAGUUUUAGGGGUUCAUUGUAAUCCAGGAGAUGAGAAAUGUGUAUUUUAUGGGUAUUGACACUUUGCAGCCCAGAGAAGAAAAAUCUAUUUUUUUACAACUAAAAUGUCAAAUGGUUAUUUUUUGGGGUAGAAAUGUGGGUUUUUAAAUGUUGUGUGUGUUUGCGUCUAAUACAUUUUUGAUGUGUUACACUAUAAUCUUAAAGUAGAAGUAUUAAUGGUUUUACAAUGUUACCUAUACAGAGCGUUCCUGCAAAGCAUUUGUAGAAGUGGGGUCAAUUCAAAGCUCCACUAGGAAGUAUUAGUGCUACUCGUUGGGUCCUGGUUCAGUUGCCAUGCUGUGUAGGCCAGUGUCAUGGGAAAGAAUAGGCUAAAUAUCCUUGCAUUGGCUGCCUCUCCAGGGGCAGUUGUAAAGAAGUAGAUCAGCAUUGGUAAAUGUAGUAAACUAGUCAUUCAUAUAUAAAAAGACUUUAGGCGCAUACACUAUUUUUGUGUAUCUGGUGCUCCCAUACUAUUUUAAUUGCCCCCUACAAUUCAAGCUCACUGAUUGGCUAGAGAACUAGAAGGUACCUUCAUGGGGACGCAGCACUGAGGAUGUGCCACACGUGACAUUUUCCUUGCAAAUAAAAUCCCUUAGAAUAAGCAGAAUUCUCCUUUCUGCAGCAGGAGCCAAUCAGAAAUAAGUACACAUGACGCCUAACUGUGAUGCCACUCAUACGUGCCCUGCAUAUAUGUGUAUUUGAUUAACUCCUGCUGUAGAGAGGAGACAACAUGGUUAGUGACUGGGUUGAUUGAAGAUCGAAGCUGUGGCCGGGGCUUUUGGCCAGGGGGAAAUGCUGCGCAUGUUACUAGUAAAAAGAAACGGCAGUACGUGAGAGAGAGUGAGGCAGUGCCUCUCAGUACCUUAAGUCUACUAAAAAACAUUUACAUAAUAAAUCCAAUAGGAUUAAUUAUAUCUUAAUUAUGGCCUUCCUGUAAUUUGGAGCUUAUAAGUGUUGUUCCCUGUAAUAAGUGCUUUUAUCUUGAUUGUUCUGCCAUAGAAUUUAGAGGCACAUCAUUAGUUUAUAACUAAGAUAUUAGUGUAACCCUUUAGCCCCCUCCACCAAUGGCUGAGAUCCAAUCCAACCAAUCUCAGUAUGUGUGUUGCUCCAUUAGUGAUUUCUUAAGUCUACAAGAAAGUUUCCAAGUGUUUUCUUGCUUGAGACAAUUCCAGCAAAAAAUGAUAAGUACUCGAAAACGGGGGUAAAAAAAUACAAGGAAUGCUUUCGAUUAACCUGCCGUUUGGCUUUACUUGUUUGUCCCACUAAGUCACCACAUCUGAGCUCAUACUUUUUGGAGUUGAGUGAAUACCAUGUCCUCCUAAAAAAAGAUCAGGCUCAACCCUAUCCAAACCCUUAAUUUGUAGGUUAAAAUAGGAGAAAAAUAAAUAGCUCUUUCUCCUACAGAUCAGAUUUUUUUUAAAUUAAUAUUUCUUGUAUAUUUUUUUGCUUUUCCUAUUGGGACAGAAUGCUCUCUGCACACCUGCAUUGUAAGAGCCAGUUAAAAAGCCAGUGAGGUUCUCUGUACAGGUAUGGGAUCCCUUAUCUGGAAACCCAUUAUCCAGAAAGGCCAUCUCCCAUAGACUCCAUUAUAGGCAGUAAUUCUGAUUUUAAAAAAUGAUUUCCUUUUUUCUAUGUAAUAAUAAAACAGUACCUGUACUUGAUCCCAACUAAGAUAUAAUUACCCCUUAUUGGGGGCAGAACAGCCCUAUUGGGUUUAUUUAAUGGUUAAAUGAUUCCCUUUUCUCUGUAAUAAUAAAACAGUACCUGUACUUGAUCCCAACUAAGAUAUAAUUACCCCUUAUUGGGGGCAGAACAGCCCUAUUGGGUUUCUUCAAUAUUUAAAUGAUUUUUAGAUCCAAAUUACGGAAAGACCCCUCAUCCGGAAAACCCCAGGUCCUGAGCAUUCUGGAUAACAGGUCCCAUACCUUUAUAGGAAAUGUGCAUAACAUUACAUUACAUGGCGUUAUUACUCUGGGAAUGGCUCCAAUUUAACAUAACAUAUUUUAACAUAUUUGCCCAAUGUCCAUUUGGAAGGGGCGUCUGUUUAAUAAAGGGGUGGGCAACCCUUGCCUGUGUAUAUGUUGGAAUUUAUAAUGGGGUAUAAUACUGUCAGACACAGGCUGCUUGGCUAGUAGCCAGAUAAGUGUUGCUAAUUCAUUACACAGCCGCCACUGUAUUACUGCAUAGCAACUCGCUGCCACCCUAUGGCAUGUCCCAUAUAUCAAAUUGCAGCUUUGCACUUGCUGUCAUGUACGUGUCUCAGUCACUUCCAGGGGAUGUGGGAGUUGUAGUUCAGCUUAGCGAGAGGGCUGCAAAUCGCCCAGCCUUGUAGUGAUUGUCCCAUGUCAUUGGCAGAGAGGAUUGGGAACUUCUUUCCUUGUGUCUGAACACAUCUGUUUUGCACUAUUACAACAACCAAUCAGCUUUAUGGAGACAGAUAAAUAUUCUACUGAUAUUUUUCGAGAUUUGAGGAAUGCUUUAAUGGCUAUUGAACUCCAACUCCCAGCACCCCUUGCCAAUGCUGUUGCUUUUACUUCCCUGACCCACACACAUCCAUUUCUGAACAACUUUUAAUGUGAUUUUCUGUUACAACAGCACAUGGAACAAAGUACACUUUCCUGACGCCUCACGCGCACUGUAUUUAUCAAAUGAAAGUUUUUAUUAUUUAAAAUUGUAAAAAUGUAAUUUUCUUUUUUUAAGACAUGAACUUGGCAUCAGAUGGACUUGCUUGUAAAACACUGCUUUCAAUUUAUUCAGGUACUGAAAUGGCCAAGGUGCCUCGUUUUGCAGAAGACUAGGCCAUAGCAGGUGCUGGUGGGUGGCACCUUGCCCAUUGUGCGUUUCUCUCCGUGCCACAAUGCUCCUUGAAUGUAAUUUCCUUUUCAAUCAGCAUGUACUGUAGACACAUUGUAUUUGUAUAUGUUGUUAGAUUCUAGAGUGUAUAAAUGAGAAAGUCUAUGUUUGUGUUCUGAAAGCAUUGUAAAUAAAUUCCAAGAAAUGUG